AUGUCUUGGGAUUCGUCUGGAGCUGGCUCUCUCGGGGUAGCAGACUAUGUGGUGUUUGCUCUCAUGCUGGUGGUGUCAGCUGCAGUCGGGGUCUACUAUGCCUGGACCAGCAGAGGAAAGGGAACCUCGAGGGAGUUCCUAACAGGGGGGAGAAGACUGACAGCCCUGCCUGUCUCCUUGUCUCUGACUGCUAGCUUCAUGUCAUCUAUCACAGUGCUGUCGACCCCAGCUGAGGUGAGGUUGACACGCAUUUUUAAAAAGCACAAACAUACUUGAAUUAUAAGCAAUUUCCACUCUUUCACGUGUCGUGUAACAUUUUCUUUGACUCUUGAAUUUUUUUAUGAGUUAUGAAAAGUAAAACUGAAAAAAGCACCUGGGUCUUUGGAAAACAAGUGUCAUAAAAUCUCACUGUUUAUGGCUUUUUCAAAGAGUUAGAGUUAGAGAUUCAAGCUGGUGAAGUAUGUUGACAAGAUUUCAUGACGGGAUAGGCUCAGGAUUCAUGGACAUAUUUUGAAACACAUGUACAGACAUUAUUCAUCAACAUCACAUCACUUUAGUUUAAGCCUCUUCUAUAAAUUUGAAGAUUUAACCGAUCACUUUUAAAGCUCACAGCCUCAGGUUUGAAAUUCCUCAUUACUCCAAAGUGGGUGUUUAAAACUCAAGAAUACUAAUCCUUUUAUGUCAGCGCACCUCGACCUCGAGACAACCUGUCAACACAUUUCUGUAGGCUUGCUUUUAUGUGUCUUCUUUUAUGCUUUUACAGUCUCUUUUACUCUCCCUUCUUUUAUUAGUGUUGCUCUGGCUUUCUUUUAUCCCUAACUUAUGAUGUAAAAUAGUAUCUUGCGUUUUAUUUAUCUUGACUCAUAAACAAUGUGUCCCAUUGUCUGGUCAUUUGCACUUCUUAUUUAUUGUUUUUGUGUCUGUAAUGUACCUGAAUUGAUUUAAUAUACUGACUUCUUCCAUCUCUUAUAGCUGCCAUGUGUUAUUGAAUUUAUCAGUUCAGAUUCUUACCUGAUGUAGACUGUUACUUUUUCUUCCUCUUAAACAUUUAAACAGUUUUUGUACUUUUUAAUAUAAUUUUAUCCCUUUUUUGUAUUUUGAUUUAGUCUUAUUUCACUCAUCCUCUAUUGUUGAUUUUAUUAUUAUUUUUAUUUAUUAAUAUUUUAAUGCAAUUUUUUCCUUCCUCUCUGCUGCUGUUGUUGUUGUUGUUGUUGUUUUUAUUAUUAAUUAUUAUUAUUAUUAUUAUUAUUAUUAUUGUUCAACUCAUUAAGAACCUGCUUUGUAGGUGUACUGCUUUGGAGCCAUCUUCAUCCUGUCUUCAUUCGCCUAUAUAUUGUCAUUGAUGAUUGUAUCUGAGGUUUUUCUCCCAGUCUCCUACAGACUGUCCAUCACCAGUGCUUAUGAGGUAAGUGUGGAUUUUUUUGUCCACAUUGUUUUCUAAAAUUGAUUUGUAUAUAUGUAAAAAUUUUCAUUUACUGAAAAUACAAAGACCUCUGUGUUUUCUUUACACAGUAUUUGGAGUUACGCUUCAAUAGAGCAACACGUCUGCUCGCAACGAUACUCUUCAUUGUUCAGGCAGUGAGUAACAAGAGAUAUGUCCUUGGGGAACAUAAACUCUUCAUCUAAAGUUGAUUUAUGUUACUUUUUCUUUCUUCUUAACUUCAGGUCCUCUACACUGGGAUUGUUAUUUAUGGACCAGCACUCGCUCUAAGCCAAGGUAUGUUGUUUUAAACCAAAAGAUGUCAGAUUGAGUAAAACAGAAUAAAUUACAACACAUAAACUAGGUCAUGUAAUGUCAUAAAGUGAGCACUGUUUUAAAUACUGCUGUCUCUAUCUUAGUAACUGGUUUGGAUCUGUGGGGUGGAAUUAUUUCAACUGGAGCUGUCUGCACUCUUUACUGCACACUGGUCAGUAAAUUAACUCUAAUAUAAAAACAAACUCACCUUUUGUCAUUUCAAAAACCACAGAUGGACAGAUGGAUAAAUGGAUGAAUUAAUGUGUGACAGGAGUGAUAGAUGGAUAGAUCGAUGGAUGAUUGAUGGAUGAUGAUGGUUGAAGUGAUAAAUUGACUGAUAAAUUAAUGAAUGACUUCAGUGAUAAAUGGAUGGAUGGAUGGAUGGAUGGAAACCUUGAGUGAUGGAUGGACGAAUGGAUUUUAAGUGGAUGGAGAAAUGGAGUGAUGAAUGAUCAGAUGGAUAAUGGAUGAUGAUGGUUGAAGUGAUAAAUCGGCAGAUGGAUAGAUGGAUGGGUGGAUGGAUGGAUGGAUAAAUGGAGGGAGGAAUGGAUGGAUGGAUGGUCUGUUAAACAAGAUAGAUUGAUGGAUUGAUUGUGGAAGGAUGGUUGGUUAGAUCCAGAGAUUGAUGGAUGUGUGGAUGAAUUGAUGAGUGGAUGGAUGGAUGGAUGGAUGGAUGGAUGGAUGGACAGAUAUACAUUUGUUUACAGUGUGAACACUGGAAAACAAAAUAUCAAUCAAUGAUGAGCUUGAUCUAAACAUUGAUUGUUGAUAUUUGAAAGGAGAUGUCAUGGUUAAAACUGUUUGUGCUCUAAAUUGAUACAGGGUGGACUGAAGGCAGUCGUGUGGACUGAUGUGUUUCAGGUAAACCUCUGGAUAAAAAAAAUAUCAAAGGAGGAUUUUAAAAUGUUUUAACAAGACAGUGAGGUCAAAAUUGGGGAAGCGGGACAGAUUCCUGUGGCCCUGAGAAUCUAUUUCAAACAAACCACACUUGGGCUUUCUUUGAACUUCUAGAUGGGAAUCAUGUUUGCAGGUUUCCUAUCUGUGAUCAUCAAGACUGUGACAUUACAAGGGGGAGUAUCCACCAUCAUUUCAGAUGCAAAACAUGGAGGGAGACUCAACAUUUGGGAGUAAGUAUGUUGUCCAUCACCAAAGAUAGUAUGAACGUAUUUAUGGUUCUUAUCAUGAAUCACACCUUUGCAGAUUGACUAUUACUAGUUCUGUAUUUUUAACCAUGUUGUAAUUGUGUGUCUCCAGCUUUGACAUGAACCCUUUGAGGAGACACACAUUCUGGACCCUGACCAUUGGAGGGACCGUCAGCUGGAUUGUUGUUUAUGGGGCAAACCAGGCUCAGAUUCAGAGAUACAUCUCCUGCAAAAGCAUCACUCAUGCUCGGCUGUAAGUCUCAUGUUCUUAAUUUAUUCUGACUCUGGAUUUAAAAGUUUCAAGAGGAAACUUUUCAACUUUAAUGGAGAAAGUUUGUCUACAUGUCUAAACUAAAAUAAAUACUUAAUACAGUCAAUUGGAAUUUGCCAAAUCUGAAAUGUUAUCUGAUCAUUAUUUCUAAUGUUUUCGUCAUGCCAGAAAAAGACAAAUUUUAGAGCAUUGAUGGUUAAUUCUUAGAUCGAAGAAGUAUUUUUUUUUACACUCAUCUAAAAAUUAUUCCAUAAAACCAUUUUAAACAGCACUCUUCAAACUAACAUCAAACUAAACAUCUGAACUUUUCAUUCAUUCAUUUGCAGUAAUGUAAAUGUUUUUGUCAUUUUUCCAUCCCUUCUUUUCAGAGCUCUGUUCAUCAACUUGUUGGCUCUUUGCCUCUUUUUGAUGUGCUCGGUAUUUGCAGGACUGUGCCUCUUCUCGAUCUUUAAGGACUGUGACCCGUGGACUUCUGGACAGGUUUCUACUCCUGAUCAGGUGCGACGGACAGACGCCAUGACCACUUGUUGUGUUGUGGCCUACCAAAUACUCUACGGCACGUUGACCCUUGUGUCUUUCUUUACAGCUGAUUCCAUAUUUGGUGAUGGGCACCUUGACAAGCAAUCCUGGCCUUCCUGGACUAUUUCUCGCUGCAGUAUACAGUGGCGCCCUGAGGUUUUCAAUCUACAUUUUGGUCAUUUUUACUUCUCAGAUCCAACUCUUACAUUAAUCCUUGUAUUUGCACCUACUUGUUUAUUGGGUAUAAAAGUUUAAAAUUAUAAUAAUUUUAAAACUUAAAGUGGGAAAGAGUCCUUUUAACCCUCUGCUCCUUUUCCAGUACAGUGUCUACUUCCAUUAAUGCACUCGCUACAGUGACACUGGAGGACCUCAUCAAGCCGUACACUACACUGUCAGAGAAACACCAGUUCUGGAUGUCCAAAGGACUGAGUGAGUUCUCUUGUUUUCACUCUCAGUUGAAAAUCAUCUGUAAUUUCAAGGACUAAAACCUGAGUUUCUGCUUUGAUGUGGCUGCAGGUUUAUUAUAUGGAGUUUUAUGCAUUUCUCUCGCUGGACUGGCUUCUGUCUUGGGAGGGAUGAUGCAGGUAGAGCGCUCCUUUCAUACACAGUUAUGCUUAAUGCAACACAGAACUUAUAAGUACUGAGAAGUCUGUGCAUAUGCUUUUCUUUCUGAACAGGCAGCUGCAACAGUCGGUGGAGUCAUUUUAGGCCCUGUGCUUGGCGUCUUCACACUGGGGAUCCUCUUCCCAUUCGCCAAUGCCAAGGUGAAUGUGUCCUUCUUAUACAAUGUUCCUCUUUGUAGUGUUAUUUCUUUUGGAGAUGUAUUAAGACAGACAGAUUCUGAUCUCUUUGGUUCCUUUCUUGCCAUCUAAGUAUUGUUCUCUGGAGCUACUUUCCACCUUGCUUUUAAAUCCAGGAUUCCUGCAUUAUCAUUCGAAUUAUUGGAUUAAUCUGAUCACUGGGUUUGAUUUCUUUAGGGAGGUUUGUCAGGUCUGUUGUCAGGCUUGGUUGCGUCCUUGUGUGUCGGUGUUGGAGCCGUGAUCUACCCUUCCCCUCCUACCAUGACUCGACCUCUGCCGCUGUCCACAGAGGGUUGUAACGUAUCCACUACAGAGAGCUACAACUGGACCUCCACUGCUCCCCCGACAGAAUCGAGCAUCUUUAUCCAUAGCAAUGACAGGUAGGAGUGUAACUGCCUGAAAUGGAAAUAUGUGUGCCUAAAGCUUCAUGACCAUCCCUGAAUCACUAUCUGUGCUGGCCUUCUGUUCAAGGAGCCCAAAUGUGACUUGACAGAUCACCUAUGUCAACUCAAAACAACCUAAAUGUGGUCAGGUUAUGCAGCCAUAGAAUGAAAUAAAAUGUGCAAAUACACCUUUAAUGUAUAUGUAUGUGUCAUGGCAUGCAGGGUUAAACAUAAAAAAGACCCAAAUGCAAAACAAAACAGGAUACACACACAUCAUAAUGAACCAACAAGGACAAAGGGGAAGACAGAGACUAUAUACACACUGGUAAACGAGCAACAGGUGAGGCUCAUGGAUAAUUAACGAGGGAGGGAAAACUAGGGAAGUAAAACCAGACUAGAAACACAAGGAAUUAACCACAACAAAAUAAAAUUGGAAACACUGAGAACAGGAGGGAAACGGGUCAAACACAAACUGAAAUCUCACAGGACUGGACUACAGGAACAAUAGGGAGCAGAAACACUAGGGAAAAAUCACAAAGAAAUACACUCAAAUAACAAAACCAACAAAAAUCAUCGGAACAUAUCAUGACAAUAUGAACAUAUGAGGGAGAAGUUAGUGAUCCCCUGUAUAACCACGUCCUCCAACCACAUAUUUUUACCUGCAAAAAUUGAAAUUACAGGCCAGGUCACUUCUGGCUUCACUUGGUAUCUGCGUUUCUGGAUUACUGCAGAGAAAUGAAAACACUUGAAUCAGUCGUGUUAACUGAAUGCUGGAACAAUGACACCGUUGGCAGAUUGAUAUAUAAUCAGAGUUCAUGCUCUGCCAGGACUGUGUGUAACAGGUCAAGAACACACUGGGUCUAUUUUCUGUUAAGGAUUGGAGUUGGAUUAACUUUUAAUUUCAUCCCUGACCAGAUAUUCACUGGAAGAAAGCUGGCACUCUCCCUCCUAUCUUUACUUCAGCCUCAUUGGUACUGUAACCGCUAUCACCAUGGGGCUGAUAAUCAGUCUGCUCACAGGUACAAAAGAUACACAUUGUUGUCUCUGGUUAAGUGUAGCAUAAUAUGAAUUCUAGAUCUGUUUUAUUAUGUUUCAGGAGGAUGGAGGGAGAAGGUGGAAUCACGGCUAACUUUAAUGAAAGAAGACACAGUCUCCUACCAUCUCUUCAAGUUUUUCUUUGAUAGGGUGAGCGCUGCAGCGAAAAAACAAGAGAGGCUACAGACUGAUAAGGUCCACUGACUUUUGUUCUGUGCUUUUUUUCUCCCCCGCAGGUCUUGAGAAGAAAAAGUGAGAUUUACCCAAUGAAGGACUCAGAGAUGAAUGACGGGAACACAAAUCCUGCUUUCUGUGAUGGUGACAUUGACCUGAAAAGUUGUAUUCGCACAUAG